CCAAACCAAUACAAGGCAUGGCGUACAAGGCAGCCCCUGCCGCCGCUGGACUCUUCGCCCUCGCGCCGCUGCCUCCCGUCCCCGAUUCCCCUCGCGACUGCUCUGCACUCCCACAGAUCUCGCCGGCGACUCUACCCGACACGCCUCGCCCCUGCCCGGCGCCACCGCGCCCAGCCCGCAGCCCGCAGCCGUCCAGUCCGCACUCGGCAGUAGGCGGCCGGCGCGCGGCGUCGUGCAGCUGCAGCAGGCCAGCAGCCAGCCGUCCAGCCCGAUUUGAGGGUGGACCACCCUGUUUCAAAAUCCUAGAUCUGCCACUGGUGAUGAUGGCCAUGACGCUGCUCGCCGGCGCCGUGGGGACUGCCGGAGCCGUGUCCCCUCAGCCUGACUCUGACGCAGGAGCUGUGAUGGCUGUGUUCAAGUACAACUUUGCGGCACAGUUCCUUUCGAGGAUCAUCCCCUUCCUGUACAACAGCUGGUUCGUGCGCCAGCUCAGCGCCGACGACUGCGCGGCAUAUGCAUUGCAGCUUCCACUUUUCAUCAAUUGUGUCUUAUUUUUAAGCCGGGAGGGGUUUCGGCGUGCUUGCUUGCGUAAUAAUUCUGGGAGUGGUGAUGUGUUAAGUGACGAAGAGAUACUGAAGGUAGCUUGGAUGAUCAUCCCGUUUGGCUUGUUUGUGACUUUUAUCGGCAGUCUAUUUGUGUUGAGAAUAAAGAAACUGAAGUUAUCUGACCCUUAUGCAAAAGCUACAUUAAUCAUCGGAUUUGCGUGUAUGUUGGAGCUACUGGCAGAACCUUUGUAUAUUCUUUCGCAAACAAAGAAAUACUACAUAAUAAGAGUGUAUACCGAACCUACAGCUACUCUGCUGCGUUGCCUAACAACUUAUAUCUUCAUAAAAGGACAUAUUAAAGUGGAGAAGCUGGUCGUAUUUGCUUUGUCUCAGGUCGUUUAUGCAGCCUGCAUUUUCAUCGGAUAUUGGACAUAUUUUCUUUUAUUUGCUAAUAUCAGAACUUUUGAUCUCCUUCCAUUCAGGUUGUCAACCCUGAUGGUCUAUGAUAAACAGUUAUUGCACAUGUGCAUAUUGUUUACAGGCCAGACUAUCAGGAAGCUGAUCCUCCAAGAAGGCGAAAAAUUUGUUCUUGUUUGGUUUGAUACUCCAUUUAACCAGGCUGCAUAUGGUCUUGUGGAUAAAUUAGGAAGUCUGGUUGUUAGAAUAGUUUUCCUGCCAUUUGAGGAGAGUUCUUAUGCUACAUUCACCCAGUUAGCAUCAGGGCAAACUCCUGAGAAUGUAUCCAAUCUGGAAGGUUCUUUGCUCGGAGCUCUUAAACUUAUUACGCUGAUAGGUCUCGUGGUCAUUUCUUUUGGUCCAAGUUAUUCAUACACCCUUCUGAAUCUACUAUAUGGAAGAAGAUAUAGUGAUGGCGAAGCUACAGCUGUCCUCCGUUACUAUUGUGUUUACAUAAUCUUCUUAGCAAUGAAUGGCACUUCUGAAGCUUUCCUUCAUUCUGUUGCCAAUGAAAACCAGCUUAAGCAGUCAAACAAUAUGUUACUCCUUUUCUCAGCAAUUUAUACUGUUCUAAAUGUUGCUUUUAUUAAAUCUGCCGGAGCUGUUGGGUUGAUUGCUGCAAAUUCUGUCAAUAUGCUACUGCGAAUCUCAUAUUCUGCAGUAUUCAUCAAUGAGUAUUUUAAGGGCUCAUUCUCCUUCUACCGCUGCUUGCCAGCGAGCUGGGGCGUUCUGCUCAUUUCUGGUCUGACCACAGCUUUCUCCGAGAAGAUGUUUCUGAAUAGAAAUAGGUUCAAGCAGACCCUUCCCAUUCACAUGGUGAUAGGCAUCAUGUGCCUGGGCUUCUCAUUGCUUGAGAUAUAUCGUGGUGAAAAGCAGUUCUUGAUGAGCAUUGUCAAAUCAUUGAAGGGCCAUGACAAACACACAUGAACUUGUAUAUUUGGGACAAGUGGAUUUACCCCAGAUAUAUAACUGAUAUUGCCAUACAACAUACGUGUUGUAAAUAUAUGUAUACUGGCUAGAGUACCCAAGAAAGGAGCUGGACCCAGCAGCUGGAGAGGCUUCUUAAAGAACAGAUCAAAUUGACCGAAAUCAUAGAUCGCUGCCCUGCAGAAUAGAAUUGCUGUGACAAGUUAUAGAGGCGACAUAAAGCAUAGAUCAUCUGGGUAGAUAGGUGAUAUAUUGGUUUCAAGGAGAUAAUUGAAUUUCAAGGAGUUGAGCAGAUCAACUCCUUAAUUUCAUCAUGGACAUGUUACAUAAACAGCGAUUUUUCUUGGUGUUGAUGUUGAUGUGCCCUUCUUCA